AAGCACCUCAUAACUAAAGCAAAAGCACACUCAAAAACAACAGAGAUGGAAUUCAUUGCCGAAACUACUACCACUCCUACAAGUCCACCUCCAUUCUCCCACUCUCCAUCUUCCUCUAUUUCUUCUCCCAGUACUGCACCAUUUCCAUCCCCUGACUCUCAUCACUUAUCUAAUUAUUCUUCUCCUCAUGCUGCUAAUAGUAAUAUUGCUACUAAUCCAUUUCCGACCUAUCCUUCACCGCCGCCACCACCACCUGUGGUUCUCAGCCCAUGCGCCGCAUGCAAGAUUCUUCGCCGGCGGUGUGUGGAGAAGUGUGUUUUAGCGCCAUACUUCCCUCCUACUGAGCCCCUUAAGUUCACUGUUGCCCACAGAGUCUUUGGAGCUAGCAACAUCAUCAAGCUCUUGCAGGAAAUUCCAGAGUCUCACAGAGCAGAUGCAGUGAGCAGCAUGGUUUACGAAGCCAAUGCCAGAAUUCGCGACCCGGUUUAUGGCUGCGCCGGAGCAAUAUGUCAGCUCCAGAAACAAGUCGGUGAGCUCCAAGCCCAACUGGCCCAGGCACAGGCUGAGCUAGUGAACAUGCAAUGCGAGCAAGGCAAUUUGAUUGCCCUAAUUUGCAUGGACAUGACACAGUCUAAAGAACAAGCCAUUUUGCAGCAGCAACUGUCUAGUUGCAAUGACACAAUCUGUUUUCCGGAUGAAAACAAUUUGGGCACUACUUGGGAGCCUCUCUGGACAUAA